AUGCUUCAACAUCUGUUCCCAGCUCUGGCUACAUUCACUGCGCAGAAGCGGACUUCAGAGGCCCAAGUCAAGAGGAUCAUUGCCGGUGAAAACGAUGAAUGGCGCAGCAGAGAGCACCCUACAAUCUUUCACGAAGUGCUCAGCUCGAAACUUCCGCCACACGAGAAGAGCAUCGAACGUCUUGCUGAUGACGCGCAGAUGGUGGUGAUGGCAGGCACUCUUACUACGGCCGCGGCACUCGAGCUCAUCCACUUCUGGCUUGUGUCUCAACCAGACACAUUGCAGAAGCUGAAGGACGAGCUUUCUAUUGCCAUACCAAACCCGGAUGAUGCGUCUAAAACGCCACUACCAACACUUGAGGCAUUGCCGUAUCUUACUGCGGUGGUGAAAGAAGGUCUGCGCCUUAGCUACGGAGUUUCCACCCGUCUUCAGCGGAUCGAUCCGAACAACAGCAUCGUCUUCACGGACAGAGACACGGGAAAAUGCUGGAACAUUCCACCGGGCACACCCGUUGCAAGUACAAGCGUACUUAUUCACAACGAUGAGAGUAUCUACCCAGAAAGCAAAAGGUUCUCCCCAGAGCGUUGGUUGGCCGGGAGAGGGCCUGACCUUGAGAAGUAUCUGGUAAGCUUCUGUGCUGGCAGCCGCAGGUGCUUUGGGGAGAGCUUGGCAUAUGCGGAACUGUAUGUGGCAUUGGCCGCGAUUUGGAGAACUUGGGGAAGCUGCAGUGAGCAUGGUACGAUGAUGGCAUGGAGCCAGGAUGACGUGGGUGCUAUGAGUCUGUGGGAGACAGGAAAGCGAGAUGUGGAAAUUGAGAGUGAUCAGUUCGUGCCGGUCGCCCAGAAGGGCUCCAAGGGUAUCCGGGUAAUGGUGUCGCAUGCUUUUGCUCGGCAGUAA